AUGGUCACGUGUGCUCUCAGUCACACAGAGAAGCGCAUCUACAGGCCGCAGCAGAUCUACAGGCCGCAGCAGAUCUACAGGCCGCAGCAGUUCUACAGGCCGCAGCAGAUCUACAGGCCGCAGCAGAUCUACAGGCCGCAGCAGAUCUACAGGCCGCAACAGUUCUACAUCCCGCAGCAGAUCUCCACCACGGCCCGGGCCUGCACUUGA